AUUCUUUAUGAAAAAUCUGGCUUUACCUUAUUUUUGCACACAGAAAAUUUUUACCGCAAAUUGACAGAAAGAAAAAGGACACAAAAAAAAAAAACUUUGAAAAGGUGUCCUGCAGGAAUUUCGGAUUUUGUUUUUUUAGUUUUGAAUGAAACACGAACGCGUUUGGAUCGAAAUUGUGUACAAAAAAAUAUAUAUAAAAAAAAGGACAAUAAACAACAACACAGUUUUAAAUAAGAAAAAUAUAAACUAAGAAAAUAAAAAAACAAAAAGCGGUAUCCAAAGUGCGUAGAUGUCCUUAUUUUGAUAAAGAAAUUUAUUUAAAUUCAAAGAAAAUUGUGUAUUGCGUAAUUAUUCCGCAAAAAAGGAUUCAAAGUGAUAUCAAUAAAUUUUUUGUGAAAGUUUAUUUAUCAAUAAUUUUGUGGAUUUAAGCAAAAAGUUGUAAAAAAGGACGAAAAAUAAAAAAACUAUUUAAAAAUGGUUAUGUCUGAAAUACGAUGGAACAAUAGUCCCGAGGAUAAUAAUAACUCGUUGAAGCGUGACUUAUUGAAAACACCAACAACAGGACACAUGCAAAAUCGAUAUAUCAGUCGGUUAUCGAGAUCUCCAUCGCCACUGCAGAGUAAUGUUUCUGAUGAUGGAGAUAGUGUUGGUAACACAAGUGACCGUUGCCGAUCACCUUUAAGCCCACCAAGACACCAUCAUCCUGAAGAUGAUAAUACCGAAGCUCUCAAUCUUACCAGCGACAAUUCUCGACACAGUGCAACUCCACCUCCAUCAGCGAUGACCAUGACCACAACUCCCACAUCAUCCCUUCAGAUUCCUAAUCUUCAAGCAGGACUUGUACCAAAUGCAUUAGGUUCGCUCAUGAUGCAGAAUCCUCUGCUGGCUGGAGCCGGUCUCAAUACGAUCUCUCCACAGGACUUUAGUGCUUUCCAGCAGGCUCUGCAAGCACAACAAGUUGCUCUCCAACAGCAAUUCCAAAGUUACAUGGAACUUAUUCGUAGUGGUUCGGUGGGAUUGCCUAAGGAUGACCCAGCAGUUGCAACUCAAAUUGCUGCCGCCCAGUUUCUCCUUCAGAAUCGAGUUCAAGCUUUGACACAAGCCGCACAACAGUUGCAAGCUUUGCAGAAGCAACAACAACAUCAAACUCAAACACAGCAACAACAACACAAUGAUAUCCAUCAACACAUACAGCAAAUUCCAAAUAUGCCAACGACAAUCAAGUCUCACCACAUAACAUCCACCUCGACACCGACCCAUCGCAGUCCUAUGAAUAGCCCAGCGAGUAGUCCUCUGCAUCAGCAGAAUACACCGAUCGGUGUUGGAAGUGGAGGAGGUUAUGUUGGAAGCAAUCAAGUGACUCCACCGAACAGUGGGAGUUUGAAAGUUGGAGGUAUCUUAACACCCAGCACACCAAGUGGCGCCCCACAAACCCCUCAAAUGCCAAAACACAUGACUGUCAAUCAGCAGCGAGCAGCUGGUGAGCCCUCACCUGAAGAAACCACCGAUUUGGAGGAGUUGGAACAAUUCGCAAAGACAUUUAAACAACGGCGGAUAAAACUGGGAUUCACACAGGGAGAUGUAGGCUUGGCAAUGGGCAAGUUGUAUGGCAAUGAUUUCUCACAAACCACCAUAUCGCGUUUUGAGGCUUUGAAUUUGAGCUUUAAGAAUAUGUGCAAGCUGAAGCCGUUGUUGCAGAAAUGGCUUGAAGAUGCCGAUCGAACUAUUUCAGCUACUGGAGGAGUUUUUGAUCCAGCAGCACUUCAAACGACAGUCACAACUCCCGAAAUUAUGGGUCGCCGUAGAAAGAAGCGAACUUCUAUUGAAACCUCGAUUCGAGGAGCUCUCGAAAAAGCUUUUGUCCUUAAUCCUAAACCAACGAGUGAAGAGAUUAGUCAGUUAGCUGAUAGGCUUUGUAUGGAGAAAGAAGUUGUUCGUGUGUGGUUUUGUAAUCGUCGGCAGAAAGAGAAACGUAUUAAUCCAGCAAUGGAUAGUCCGACGGGGGCAAAUGGUGGCAGUGAGUCACCUUAUAUGAUGAUGCACUAAAGACGAAAACUAUUGAUUAGUGAAUGACUGUUGCAAUCGAAUGAAGAAAGGGGUUGUUGUACACCCUUCUUUGCCUAUCUUUAAAAAA